UUUGAUUGUGCGACAGGCCGCGGCGCGAGUGGGGCCUCACUCAACCAGAGAAACUGUCCGGCACGAGAUAACGGGUGGUGAGAGACAAGGAAACCACGGGAACACCGCGUACAGGUUUCCCGCAGCAACGGCCAAAUAGACGAGGACAGACUGGCGGCCUGAACCGGCGCAGGAGACACGAAGCAGACGCCGCGCAUGUGGAGUGCGGGUUGUUGGCAGCCGACGAGCAGAAGUAGCUAACCAUCGUUAGCCGAGCGGGGUUAGCCGAGCUAGCCAGCUUUUGUAAUCCGCCGGCCAGACACACUUUCGUCUACCACGAACCAGGCCGAGGCCGGAUCUCAAGUGAGGCUGCACACACGCCGAACGGACACGGGACGCGUCGGUGGUGGCAGGAGGCUGGUACUGGAGGCGUGGCCAAAGGACCAGACUCAAUGAGUUUCAAGCGAAAUGUCAGAGAAGUCAGGGCAGAGCACCAAGGCAAAGGAUGGCAAAACAAAGUAUGCAACCCUUAGCCUCUUCAAUACCUACAAGGGCAAAUCUCUGGAAACCCAGAAAACUGCAGUGGCUGCCAGACAUGGGCUCCAGAGUUUGGGCAAAGUUGCUGCUAGCCGGCGCAUGCCCCCUCCAGCCAACCUGCCCAGCCUGAAGGCGGAAAACAAGGGAAACGACCCCAACGUCAACAUCGUCCCCAAAGACGGUAGUGGCUGGGCUUCCCGUCCUGAGGCAGGGGAGGAGAGGCAACAGGAUACGCCCCCACCCCAAAUCAAACCACCAGUGCUUCAGACACAGGAGCCUCCUGUUAGCGCCAGCCGUUCCUGGGCCAAUAGCAAGCAAACGCAGCAAGAUGCAGCGCCUCGUGUGAGCAGCCAUUUUCACCAGGAGUUUCCCAGCUUGCAAGCGGCUGGUGAGGCGGAGAAAGGGGACAGUCAAGAGGAGGAGCCAUAUGGACCAGGCCCCAGCCUCAGACCUCAAAAUGUUGGCAGUUGGCGUGAGGGUGGAGGCAGGAAUUUGAACACUGCACCUAGCCCCCCUGAGAUGGAUAACAGGCCUCCGGAGGAGGGUAGUACGGGCCCUGGUACGACGACACCCCCUGCGGAGGCUGAUGAACCUCCCCGAAACAUAACCACCGACAGUCAGAGGGAGAAGGGGGAUGGCAAGGAGAGGCUGCCCCCCUCUGGCCCUCCUCAGCCGAAACUUAAUGGGGGCCAGCAGCCUCCUGCUGGGGUGCCAACUCACUUUGACCCUGCUUUCAGGAGCAUGAUGCCACCCUAUAUGUUCCACGCCUAUCCUCAAGUGUCAUUUGCUGCUGGGCAGGCAAACUUCAGAUAUCCUGUACCACAAGAUGGAGCAAAGGGCCUCAGGGGUCCUCGUCCGGCACGACCCCAGCAGCAUCACCCUCAGUCUUGGCAUCAGGACCCAGACAGGCCUUCUAUCGUCAGUGCAUCAGAACUUAAGGAGCUGGACAACUUAGACACUGACACAGAUGAGGGCUGGGCAGGAGCUCAGAUGGAGGUGGACUACACUGAGAAACUGAACUUCAGCGAUGAUGAGGAGAAUCAUGCUGCUAAAGACAAAGGAGAAAACUGGGAGUGGAUGGGUAAAGUUGAACGAAUAAGACCUCGGCCAACAGACGGUCAGGACGGCAGGAAAGAAGGGUCUGAGGAGCGUGGGGCCAGUAAGACCUUGUGGGCAGACAAUGCAGAUCCCAGAGCACCAUCGCCUGGCAGUGUUGGACAGUACAGUAAAUCAGCAGCUCCACAGGACUACCAGGGUGGUAGUCGUUCUGUUAGCGGCACAGCUCCACGUACGACCAAGCCCCCAUCUACAUCAGCACCUGGUGUCGAUGACGAAUCUGACGCCUGGAGACAAAAGCGCAAGAAGCCUUCAGAAGUUUCAGAAGCUGUAGAACGAGCGAGGCGGAGGAGAGAGGAAGAGGAGCGCCGGAUGGAAGAACAGAGGCUUGCGGCCUGUGCAGAAAAACUUAAACGUCUCAAUGAAAAACACCGCCAGUCAAUUGAGGGCAAAACCUCCCCUGCUCAGUCCACCAUUGAUGAGGCAGGAGCUGCCCCUGAGAUGGCCUCCCCAUCAGCUCCUGCUCCUGCAUCAUCCAGUCCUGUCCCUUCAACCCCAGUUUCACAAUCACAGGCACCAAUCGUGCAAGCUCCUCUCACUGAGAAGGUGGAUCGAGAACAGGAGAUGAUGGAGCGAGAACGGGAGAGGGUGGAGCGAGAACGGGAGAGGGUGGAGCAAGAAAGGGAGAAGAUGGAGCGAGAACAGGAGAGGUUGGAGCGAGAUCGGGAGAUGAUGGAGCGAGAACAAGAGAGGGUGGAUCGAGACCGGGAGAUAAUGGAGCGAGAACGGGAGAGAGUUGAACCAAGUGUCGAGGAGGAGGGGCACUUGCCUCGUCAGCCCAGCCCCCCUGUCCAGAGACCUGUGGCAGUAGCUCCAGAGCCUCAGAGCGAGGGAGAGAGCUCUUUGGCUGAGGUCGGCCCCCUAGUGGAGGAGAAUGACAGGACAACAGUGCCUAUCCAAGACUAUUUCAACAUAGAGGACAGCAAAGUGGAUGAGCCCCACCUGUCUCUGCCUCUCAUUGACACACCAAGUGGUGAGGAUGUCCCUGUGGCGCCCCCACAGCUGGAAGGAGAAGCGGCUGCUGCUAUGCGUCCCUCUCUCACCUCAGGCUAUUCCAAACAGUUUCAAAAGUCUUUGCCGCCUCGCUUCCUCAGACAGCAGGAGCAGAUGAAGCAGCAACAUUGGCAACAACAGCAACAGCAGAGUGGGGGCUCCGUGUCACCAUCAGGCGGUGGCGGUGUUCCAGCUACCCAACAACAGCAGCAGCAGCAGCAACAGCAGCCACACCGCUCCAUGUACCAACCGAUUGGCCCCCACCACCAGCACCUGGCCUCCAUGGGAUUUGACCCUCGCUGGCUAAUGAUGCAGUCUUACAUGGACCCUCGCAUAAUGUCAGGACGCCCUCCAAUGGACAUGCCGACUAAUAUUCACCCUGGGAGGAUGCCUCCUAAGCAGAUUGUGCGCAGAGAGCCUGGUGACAACUCCAGCUCCAGCUCCGACUCCUUUGAUCACUUGACCAGGCCGAUUCGUGACCAUGGCCUGUCCUCAGACUCGAGGAUGGUGUGGGGAACUGACCCAUACCCACAGUCGGAGCCGUUACCCUCUGUAACUCCUCCAAAAGGACGAGAUGAUAACAAGGAGCCGAGGAUGGACUCCAGUCUGGAUCUUGAUAGGGGUCUACCAGCCAUGUACCCCCAGGACCACAGUGCAUUGGACCCCUGUAAAAGUAACUUCUUCAGGGACCCAACAGAGUCCCUGUCGACAUUUAACCAGGGUCCAGAGGAUGCAUCGGGGCCUCUAGACAGGGUCCCUGUAAGCUCAGCCUUUGAUCCUGAGGAACCGGGCCUACCGUGUGGGGAAGAGGUAGAUGCUCUUGGUCAAGCUAUGCUCCAAAGGAGCAUCUCCCAGGGCUCCAGUCCUUCCCUCAAGCUUGAUGAGCCCAGAUUUGAUGGGCUACCCCUAGGAACCAAAUCACUAGAGCUACAGGACACAGGGGACAUUGUUGAAGAUAAGCCCCAGAAUGAACUCUACUCCCAGACUGCAGUGACUAACAACAGGGCUACACCUCCUGCUGAUGGAUUACACAAACAAGAGAAGCUGCCUCUGCCAGUCCCUAGCAAGCAGAAAGCUGAGCUGCGCUGGGUUGGGAGAUCAGGUGCCGGACGCAGAGAAGGACCAGGCGGGGAGAGACCAGUACGCAGGUCAGGGCCAAUAAAGAAACCUGUCCUAAGGGACAUGAAAGAAGAAAGGGAGCAAAGAGAAGAGAGGGAGAAGCGUCACGAAAGAGGGGAAAGAGGCGACAGGUCCAAAAAAGAUCAGCCAUUCAAAGCUCCCUCUGCAGCCGCUAUUUUAUCUGAGGGCCCCCGACCUCAGAGUGAAGCGAAGAGAGAAUCUACGGAGGUUGAGGAAACACCGACUAGCCAACAGAGAGUCAGAGACUCUCAGCCUACACCUGGAGCUCCUACUUCUUCUCAGGAGGAGAUAGUGGACAAACCGCCCAGCAAUGACAAACUUCCAGAGCCCAAACUGCCCUCCAGGAAGGAGUCCAAUCUUCCUCCUCGUUCCUAUCGACGGGAGGAGAGGGAGAGGGAACGUGAUAGGGAUAGGGAACGUGAUAGGGAUAGAGAUAGGGAAAUGGACAAGGACAGAGAGAGGGACUGGCCUGCUGACGCAAAUUUCAAAGGACGUGGCCGAGGAGAGUAUUACUCUAGAGGACGCAGCUACAGGGGUACCUACGGUGGCAGAGGCAGGGGCAGUCGUGGCAGAAGUCGAGCAGAGUACCCUUACAGGGAGCCUCGUUCACGCUCUGAUUUGCCUUCUGUUGGAGGUGCUGCUGCCUUUCGCAAUAGGGAAGAAAGUGAAACACGCAGUGAAAGCUCAGACUUUGAGGUUAUACCAAAACGCAGACGACGACGGGGUUCAGAUACGGAUUCUGAAAGUGAAGGUGGAAGGGAGUCUGCCAGUGAUACUGGACCCUCUGACCGUGAACCUAGUACCAAACCUAGCCGUCCAGUGAGACGAGAACUACCUGGGGAGGGCCGGCCUGGGCCCCACAAGCCCAGCUUUGGACCUCCUCACAUGGGGGAAAAGGUUGGAUCCAGGGGGGAAGAUGACACCAGACCCAAGCCAGGAUUCCUGCCUAAAGGAGAACCUUCUCGGCGGGGAAGAGGUGGGUUGUACAGUCGAAGAGGUGUAGCAAGGGAACGUGGUGGCCCUCGCUCAAAUCCCUUCAGACGCCCAACAGCCAGAGAGUCGUCCUCUCAGUGGCCAUCUAAACCCAUGGAGACGUUCAGGCCUGAGGAAACGGAGUCAGCUUCAAGAUAUGACAAUCAUCCAGGUGACCGACGGCCACCCAAAUCUGAGGGCAAGAAAUUUGUGGAUGGCCCUCAGAGUAGCAGAGAAAGGCCUCGUAGGUCUCGACCAGCACGGCCCCCUAGGCAAGAUAAACCACCCCGCUUCAGGCGCUUGAAGGAGCGGGAGGCUGCAGUGUUGGGUAGUGGGGAGAUGGUCCCAAGUCCCCCUGUCCCUUCACACCCAGUGCCUGCUAGUGCCUCCAGAUCUGCCCCAAUAUCCCUUUCCCCAACCCUGUCUAGAGCUCCAGGAACCCCUGUUACCGUGCCUGCAGAAGUGGCAGCCACCUUGUCUGCACAAGACCUGCCCUCUCCUACAGAAGGACCCUUGGCUGAGUCCAGCAGCCCCACCAACACUGCAGCCGGUACAAAGUCCCCUGACCUGUCCAACCAGAACUCCUCAGAUCAAGCCAAUGAGGAAUGGGAGACUGCCUCUGAAAGCAGUGACUUCAAUGAAAGGAGAGAGCGAGAAGAGAGGAAAGGAGCAGCGGGGGCUACUAAUGAAGCAGCCGCUGCCUCUGCUGUGGCACCUAUACCCCCCCAGGGCUCUUUGACACCCAAUAAAAGCCCUCCCGACGGAGGGGUGACUCCAAGACGUGAUGGAGCUCCUGCAGCCAAGAGGAGUUUCUCUAGUCAGAGGCCUACAGAGAGACCGAAUCGUAGAGGCAACGGUGGAGCCAAACCAGUCCGGAGCUACGCAGGGGGCAAGGGGGAGAGAAGGGGAGGGGCCAAAACAGGCCGCAAAGGCCCUGGUGGCCAUCAGGAGGCAACAGCACCUACAGGUGGAGGAGCGGCCCAAAGAACUGGUAAAGAGCAGCUGGGCCGCCGCAAAGAUGAGACCAAACAGGUCGUCAAGAAGCCCAAGGAGAAUGCUCUGUCUCAGUUUGAUCUCAACAAUUAUGCCAGUGUUGUGAUCAUUGACGACCACCCAGAGGUCACCACCACAGAGGACCCACAGUCCAGCACCAAUGAUGACGGCUUCACAGAGGUGGUCUCCCGCAAGCAACAAAAACGGCUGCAGGAUGAGGAGAAACGGAAAAAGGAAGAACAGACGACUCAGAACUGGGGUAAAAAAGGCUCUGGUGAGAAGAGCAGAGGAGGGGGGGGAAAGCUGCCACCAAGAUUUGCUAAAAAGCAGUCAUCGCAGCAGCAGCAGCAGCAGCAGCAGCAGCAGCAGCAGCAACAGCAACAACAGGCCUCACAGCCUCCGCCUGCUGCCGCGUCCACUCCCCAGACCCAACAGCAGCCCACCAUUUCUGCCCCCCAGCAUCCUCACCUUACCCCCUCCCAGCCUGCUGCAUCCCCUCAGACUCUAGAAGGAACAGUGGCUCCUCUGCCCUCCAUUCCCCCUGCCACUGUGGACUUCAAUGCGAAAAACCUUGCCCCUGCACCUACCCAGACUCACAGUACUCUGGGUACAGAACUUUGGGAGAACAAGGUGACAGGCUCCACUGUCCUUCCUGAAGUGAAGAAGCUAGGUCCUAUCAGCCCUCCUCAGCCGCCCUCUGUUAGUGCCUGGAACAAGCCUCUCACCUCCUUUACCGGCACCGUCUCCUCUGAGGGUGUGAAGCCUGGAGCAGAGGGCAAUGUAGAAUUGGUAAUAGACAGUAUUCAGUUUGGAGCACCAUCAUCUGCAGGCAGCACAGACAGCGAUGGUGUUCCUGCGCUGAUAGAAACUGGCUCUGAAAACAAACUACCUGCUCCCAAAGAACAGAGACAGAAACAACCUCGAGCUGGCCCAAUCAAAACACAGAAGCUUCCUGAAAUAGAACCAGUGGAAAACAAGGAAUACAAGCCAGGUCCCAUUGGGAAAGAGCGUUCUCUGAAGAACCGCAAGGCCAAAGACGCACGUGGAGGAGAAGGCGAGUGCAUGGAGGGAGGCGUACCUGGAGCAGGUGUCAACAGAGCCACAGACUCCAGUCCUCCUACCAGUGACGCCACAGUCCCAGAGCUGGGAGGAGACAUCGAGGGCAUGAUCACGGUCCCCUCAGCCGAGUACAGCAGCAACUCAAAGGAGUCGGUCACUGACUACACCACUCCCUCCUCCUCUCUGGCUGAUGUUCCUACUGGAGGGAACAAAAUGGAGGAAAGCUUGGUGGCCAAUGUGGCACUACCCCAUUCACUGCCCCUUCCUCGACGAGAGACUCUGCAGCAGGGCUCAAGCCUCAGCUCCGUCUCCCCGGCUACUGUUGACCUAACACUUAAGAUGGAAUCCGCACGUAAGGCAUGGGAAAACUCCCCGAGCCUGGAGAAGAAUUCUCCGGUCACCACGUCGUCCUCCCCCAUCACCUCCUGUGCAUCGUCUUACUCUUCCUUCUCCUCGACCUCCAUGCCACAGAUCCCUGUGGCCUCUGUUACUCCGAGCACCUCGCUGUCGGGUUCUGGUACCUAUACGACGUCAUCCCUCAGCACCAAGACCACCACAGCCUCUGACCCCCCAAACAUCUGCAAGGUGAAGCCCCAACAACUUCAAGGAGUAAGUCUGUCCUCCUCCAGCAGUAGCAGCAGCUUCUCUCAGCUGGGCUGCGUGCCUCCCCUCCUGCCCCAGCAGCAGCAGACCCCACAGGUGUACGUCUCCCAGUCUGCAGCAGGUUCUGCAGCUCAGAUUCCAGCUUUCUACAUGGACACUAGCCACCUCUUCAGUACACCCCACCCUCGCCUGGCUCCUCCCUCACUGGCACAGCAGCAAGGCUUCCAGCCUGGACUCUCGCAGCCAACGGCCGUGCAGCAGAUUCCUAUCCCCAUAUACGCGCCACUGCAAGGUCAGCCACAGCACCAACACCAGCACCAGCACCAGCACCAACACCAACACCAACACACCCACCAGGCCCAGCUCGGCCUCAGCACCGGACCUCCAGUCUCCCAGCCACAGGACCUGUUCAGUUCCUCGCUGCAGCCUUACAGGUCUCAGCAGGCCUUCAUGCAGAACAGCCUGUCACAGCCCUCUAUGAUGCUGUCAGGACCGUCCCUUCACAGCUAUGCCGGUGUGCAAGCACCUGAGCUGGGCAAACCUCAGUCGAACCUAGCCUAUCAGCAGGCCUCGUCCACACAGCACAUUCCCAUUCUGUUUGAGCCGCAGCUCAACCAGCCCUCUGGCAUGGGAGGCUCCCAGCUCAUUGACACGCACCUGCUGCAGGCUCGACAGGGGAUGAAUCAGCAUUCAAACAUGUACUCGGGGCAGGUGCAACAACAUGGCCAGAGUAGCUACUACAGCAACACUCAGUCGCCCAGUUCAGCAAUGCAACAGGUGACAGUCCCUCUGCCUGGUUCCCAGUUGUCCCUGCAAAACUAUGGCUCUGGUGGAGGUCAGCCCCUCCUGGCACUGCCCCCCACGCCGCCUCAGGCCCAGCCCCCCAACAUCAACCGACAGCCGCCGGUCUCCCAGCCGUACCGAGGCAUCAUGGGCCCCAGCCACAACAUGAUGCAGCCACCCACCAGCAAGAUGGAGAUGGAUAUGAAACUCUUUGGCAGUGGGAUGGAUGUGAAGCCUGGAACUCCUCCUGUCGGUGCCAGGAGCACUACACCCACCUCCAGCCCUUACAGGUGCAACCCAAAACCAUAUCCUCACUGGCUCCCACACAGCAUGACCUCUUUAAAAAUGGCUAGCUCCACCUCUCCUAGUGGCCAGUCCAGUAAGAUGAACAGCUUGUUGUACCAGAAGCAGUUUCAACCCAACUCUGCCGGGAUGAGGAUGGCGCAGCACUUCCCUGGCCAGUUCAAUCCACAGAUCCUCUCUCAGCCAAACAUAGUUUCUCCUCUGGUUCGACCUCCUCACGCUCCUCACGCUCCUCACGCUCCUCACGCUCCUCACGCUCCUCACGCUAACUCAUUUGCUGGGGGUAUCCAACGUUCUCCCAUGGGCCCUCCAAUGUCAGCCAAUGUUGGUGGUGGUCUAAUGCCUCAUCCCCGACCCCAGCAUCCACUGCACAGCCAGCACCCUCCCCGAGGACCCCCUGGUCCCUCCAUGGCACCCAGAGGCACACAUGCGUCUCUGAAGGCUGAACAGGACCUGAAGGCAAAGCAGCGGGCUGAGGUGCUCCAGUCCACUCAUAAGUUCUUCUCAGAGCAACAGCAGCAGCAGCAGAUGCUCAAGGCCCCACAAGUCAGCAAAGUAUCUCGACUCGAUCAGGGAGGAAAACCCUCCCUUGACACUUCGGCCCCAAACCACCAGGCAGUCGGCGAACGCCCAGAUCCUGACAAACCCCCCGUCUCUGCAGCCAAGCCCAUACGGACUGGCCCCAUAAAACCACAGGCCAUCAAACCAGAAGAGGGCAAGUAAAGAGCCGCAGACCCUCUUCAGACGACAAAAUAAAUGGAUGGAAGAGAGAGAAUCGAUGCCCAUUCACGCAGUCACCACCUCAUAUCAGCCCCGGGGGGACAGUGUGGGGGAGGAGGACGAGUUGGGUUGACAUCCAAAUGGUAGUGGUUACUGAGAGUAGGCACUGUCUUGCAGAAAUAUGUGUGUAUAUAUACAUAUAUAUAUAUAUAUAUAUAUAUAUAUAUAUAUAUAUAUGUAUAUAUUUAUACAUAUAUAUAUACAUAUAGUCCUCAUCUUUCCUCCCCUGUCUUGUCCCACUGUUGGUGGGGGCAUUUGAGUUGCAAUUCUUCCAUCAUAUUUAGCGGCCGUUGAAAUGGCUGCACAAGUUGUCGAAAGAAAUCUACUGUGACGGUAGAUGAGAGGAAAAAAUUGAAAUGAGAUUUGCUGCUGAGUUUGCCAUUUUUAUAGCUCUUGAUUUCUGUACCCGUUUUAUUUUUAUUUUUCCCCCCAAAUAGAAUCAUGCAUAUUAUAGGAGAGACCUGUUUUGUUAAUGGAAGAAUAAAUCAAUUGUUUUUUGUAGUCCAAACAAUCUUGCGUGUACGUAGUGAAGCACACUUUUUGUUGCCCAAUCUCCCAUCGUAACUAAUCCAGAGAUUUGUGCUCCCGCACACACUCCCUCAAUGGUUUCAUCCACAGUUACCGCACAGAGAUGUGAAAUCAGAAAUUAUUAUGUUGUCAUUUUGUAUUCGUUUUAUCAGAAUGGUUAUGUGAGAAUCACAGCAUUUGAUUGACUUAAACGGUUGAUUUGUUGACUGGUCUGCCUGUGAGCCUUCGCUCCUGCCUUCUGCUCUCGUCUCCCUGCCUGAGAAUCACGGAUGCGUCGGUGUGUCGGGUGUCUGUCUGUAGUGUAAAUGGGAGAAAACUUGUCGCUGGACUCUUCUGUAUAUUUAGCCAAAGGUUAAAGCAGCGCAGAGAUGUCGCAGCUUUUUGGAUUGCUGUUGCCAUGGCAGCAGAGUUCUGAGUGGAUUUACAGGAUUACAUGGAUAAUGUAUGAUCACUACAUACAGCUGUUCCUGUUGAGGGCCGACUGUCACACACCCCGUCACUGCUUUGUCAUCCAUCCCUGUCACGCAAACACAUGUCACUGUAAAGCACCCAGACCUGCUGCUAUUGACUGAUUUCAGUGCCCUUAGCUAGAAUAUAGCAGGAUUGGGCUAUUCAGAGGUUAUAGAAAAGGUGAGGAGUUGGUUGUUAAAACUAUUGAAAACUUUUCAGUGGGUGUGUGUACGCGUGUAUCAACCCCCCACAACGAGAGCAAACCGGAACGGGACAGAACGAAGGAAAAGAUGGGCAGAAAGACACUUGUUGUUUUGUUGUCUUUACUGAUGAGAGCGAUCAGUGCUGUUUUCUUUCUCUGCCUCACCUCCGCCGGCUGUUCCACCCACGAUGCUCUCAUCUCGGGGUUGUGGUUACAAAGGUCCUUCAGAAAUGUACAGCAGAGUGCACCCUGAGGUGGAGAGGGUGUCCUCCACACCUCUGCCCUCGCUGGGGGAAGAGUCUUUGCAUUGGUGGAUGGAUGAGGGAGGGUUUUUAUUUUUUAUUUUCAUUUUUUUUGUUGUACUUGUACAGGGGUUUCAUCGCUGUAUUAAAAGAUGUACGUCUUAUUUACAUUCUCUUGGUUUGGUUACAGAAACUAAUAAAAAAUAAUAUACUGUU